UCUCUUAAGAAGAACUCGACGAAGAAGAGCAGGAGGCGAAUGAAAAUUGAUAAAACUGACAACGCUCUUCAUUGAACACACAAAGCCUUCAAACACUUGGGCUACAUUGUUGUUUCGUUUUCUUGUUUUAAAUAUACCUGUAUAUUUCCAACAUGGAUGAUAUGUGUGUUCGUUAAUCGGACACUGUUAAAGAGGGAGCUGGCUGCUAGUUGGCUAAUGCCAACGUUGGAGCGUGAAAGAUGUCUUUUCUACUUGAUGACACGGCAGCACACGAACCUGUCAAAGACAUCAGUAACCCUAUCAGAAUUGCACAAGAGGCUCCCAAUGUGCGGCUGCGUGUGGGCUUAUCGCGGGUGUCAAGGAAGGAGCUGGAGGACAACUUCCUGCAGCUCCACGACGACUCGCUGCUCCUCAAGCAGCACAUCCACCAACAGGAGGACAAGAUAAGGAAGCUGGGCACCAAGUUGCUGAGGCUGGUCAAGGACCGCCGUCGCAUGGAGCAGCUGGCCGGGGGCGGCGUGGCGCCGGCGCCCGGGCGACGGGAUGCGGAGGAGGAGGACUUGAUGGACGAGUUCCAGGAGAAGGUGCGAGCGCUGGAGGCCGACAACGAGAGGCUGAAGCAGCGUCUGUUCGUGGCCAAGCGGCAGCAGCGGCCGGUCUCCUCGGCCGCGCGCUCGCCUCUUGUACGCGGCCGAACACGCGUCGCCUCCGCCCCCAGGAAGCACGACGACGCCUCAUCUCCUUCACUCACGCCGCCCAGACACAGAAGGAGCUCGGCGGGAGACGAGAGGCCGCCGACCGGCCAGCCGAUGGCCUCCUUGCACGCUCUGCUGGAGGAAGCACGGGAAAAGACCCGAAACCUAGAGAACGUGAUCGAGUCGCAGGAGCGUCGCAUCGCUCAGCUGGAGGAAGAGAAACACGUGACGCUUCAGCAGCAGAACAAGUCUGAACUCAGGUCGCAGAUCAACAACAACGUGACGAUGAUCAAACUGCAGAAGCAGCUGGCGGAACGAUGUGCUACCAUGAUGGAGCUGGAGGAGCGCUUCCUGCAGCUGCAAGAGAGUCAGCACACGCAGAAGGCGUGUUACGACACUGCCGCGGCCAAGAUGGCCGAGCUGAUGUCGCAGCUGAGGGAUGAGCGUGCCAAGGGCGUGGAGCUCAGGACGCAGCUGCAGACGGCGCAGCUGGCGCACGCCAAGUCGCAGCAGUUGCAGGAGCGCGUGGACGAGGUGGAGCAGGAGAAAGAGCUGUUGAAGAAGCACAACGAGAAACUGCUCAACAGCAUGUUUGACGGGCCUCAGUCGCAGCGGUGGAGCGUUCAGGAGCAGCAGCUUCAGCAGCACAUUGCCCACCUGGAGGAGGCGCUGCAGGCUGACCUGGAGGACAAGAAGAAGAUCCUGGAGCAGGUCGAAGUUGAAAAAGACGCCAAGGAUAAGCUGACGGAAGAAAAGCGGAAACUCGAAGACCAGGUGGCCCAGCAGAAGCACGAGACAGACGAGUUACGACUCCGCGUGGACGUCUACCGCGGGGCGCGUAAUUCUCAGCUGGACGGAGAGUUGAGCUUCCUGCAGGAGGUCCAAGACGAACGUCAAGACACUCACGUUGAAACCAUCGAGGAGCUGGAGAAGGUCAGGCAGCUGCUGGCCUUGGAGAGCCGCAUCAGCGGUGACCUGAAGGCAGAGUUAGACAGCGUCCAGAAGAAGAUGGAGUGCGAUAAAAGGUCACAUGCGCAGCAGCUGGAACAUCAGCUGCAGAUGUUGGCCGCCAAGGACGCAAAGAUGCACAAACUGGAAGCUCAGCUGCAAGACGUGGCCUACGGCACCAGGAGCGUCGUCGUCGCGGCCGACGCUCCGGAUGAGAACCGAAGUCCGCCGCUGGAACGCGGACAGAACCUCGUGGAAGUUCAGAUCGUCGGCGCCACCUUGUCCGCAGCCGCCCUGGAGGCUCUGAGCGACCCGGCGCCGUCCACCUUCUGCACCUACGCCUUCUACCUCUUCGAGCUACACUCCACCCCGGUGGCGACGGGCUCGGCGCCGCGCUACGGCUUCACUUCCCGGUACGUGGUGAGCGUCGACCAGGACUUCCUGGAGUACGUCGGGAAACGGCAGCUUCGCGUGGAGAUGCAUCAGGCGCUCGGACUCCGGUGGAAGACGGUGGCCAGCGCCGCACUGGACCUGCGCCGCCUCCUGCGGGAUGGCGCGGUGGCCGGGACGCUCCCGCUGUUUGGAAGUUCCGGUGAAGACUCCUCUUUCGGAUCCGUGGAUUAUUGGAUCAAGUUGCGGCAUCCCAUCGGCGAGUCCGAGAGGCUGCCGGCGGCCGGCGGCCACGACGAACAGCAGCGGCACGACGAUGACAAGACGGCGCCCCGGCUUGAGAAGGAGCUGCUGGUGGAGGUGCACGGCUGCGGCGGCCUGCGCUCCAGAUGCUCGUCGCUACCCAGUUCAUACGUGGUCUACAAGUUCUUCCGCUUUCCGGACCAUCCCACCUCCACCGUGCACGAUUGCUGCCAGCCCCGCUUCGGAGAUGUCCGGUCCUUCUCCGUGGCGGCGGAUAGCGCACUGGAGCGCUACCUCCGGGCGGAAGCGCUCUGCUUGUACGUGUUCGACUACAAGGAGCCGCAGAUGGAUGCGUAUUUGGGCAAAGCCGCCGUUCCUCUGGCGCCGCUGCUCCAGGACCGCGACGUCGCAGGCACCUUUGACCUCCACGACUCAUCGGGUUGCCACGUUGGCCAGAUUGACGUCGCGCUCAAAUGGAAGUCGCCUGUCCACCAAAGCGCCGACGUCCUCCCGCCCGCGCACGAGCCGGCAGAGGAGGGGCCAGGCCGCACAUUGGAAAGCCAGGUGGCGGCGCCCGCACCCAAAAGGUUUCAGAGCAAAGACGAGCUCGUCGCCAAGAAGGUCACCUUCCGAGAAGCCCUGCCCCCUGACUCACAGGCGGCGCCCGCUAAGCCGGAAGAAGACGAAGACGAUGAAGAGUCUUUGAUCUCGGAAGGUCAAGUCCUCCUACCGCACCCGACCUUCACCUCUGACCCCCAGCACCACCUUCCUCAUGCAGGCGGCGGCGAGGUGGAGUCAUCGUGCGGACACGACGCCGGCCCGUGCUCUCAAUCCGACGACGACAGCGACGACGACUUUCAACGGCGGGCCACGCGGGUCGGUGCCGUCUCCACGAGGCCGCCUCUGUCCCGGGCGGACUGGCCGCACGAGUCACGUGUCUCGUGUGUUCAGGAGUCGCGGCGAGUGCGCGUGGAGGUCACCAGUCUCAGCCUGGAGGCGGAGUCUCGCUUGUAUCGAGACAUCGACGUGGUCCGCCUCUUUGUGGAGUUCGCCUUCCUCGACUUGCCGACUGAGGAAACGCCCGUGUCCCUGCCCAAACCUCCCCCAGGGAAGAGCGUCAGCUUCAACUUCAGCAAAGUCUUUCCCGUGGACACGGCCAGCGGGGCUUCGAGACGGCAACUGCUGAAGGACGUCCUGCGAGGACGGAAGGCCGACAUGGAGAGAAUUCGUUUCACGGUGGUGAGCGAGCCGCCGGUGGAGGAGGAGCAAGAGCGGGAGUGCGAGGAUGUGGGUGUGGCCUUCCUGAACAUUCCGGACCUGAUGACCCAACCGCACGAUGUCGCCCAUCUGCACCUCCAAGUUGUGGACGUGGAGGAUGGCGUCUCGCGACUGGGCUCUCUGCGUGUGACCUUUGAGGGAGUACAGACGCUGCGCGCCCUCUUGGACGAGGCGGGCGGCGAGAUAAGCGUCGCCCCGUCGGCGGCGCCGUGACAUGGUCAGCGCGUCUGCCGGCCGAAGCUCGUGGCGCCGGUCGUGUGACAGGCGAGCGUGAUGGUUAAUCAGCCAGAAGCGUGGUGCCCCUUCGCUCACCUUUGAAACCACGUGUGACUGACUAGUAAAUAGCCCCCAAUGGAUCCGCAUUUGACAAACGGCCCGAUGUGAUCCUGGUCCGGGUCUCGGAGUCAUGAGCCAUGUGAGCUGUUCAAAAAGUUAAGUGUAGUUUCUUGGUUUGAAUUUAGUCCUGUUUUCAUCGGAAAUAAACAGAAACAUGUUUUUUAUGUUUGUAA